GAUAGUAAUAGUGGGCAAGAACAGUAUUAAAGAGGAUACCAAAAGAUUUUUCUGAUACAUAAAGUGUAAAAGAGAGGUGAGAGGGGAUAUCAAACCACUGGAAAAUGAUGCUGGAGAGGUAGUAAUGGGGACAAGGAAAUGCUGGACAAACUGGAUAAGUAUUUUGCAUCACUCUUCACUGUGGAAGACACUAGCAAUAUGCUGGAAGCUCCAAGUGUCAGGGGUCAUGAAGUGUGUGAAGUUACCAUUACUAGAGAGAAGUUUCUUGGGUAACUGAAAGGUCUGAUGAUAGGUAAGUCAUCUGGACCAGAUGGUGUACACCCCAGGGUUCUGAAAGAGGUGGCUGAAGAGAUUGUGGAGGCAUUAGUAAUGAUCUUUCCAGAAUCAUUAGAUUCUGGAAUGGUUCCAGAAGACUGGAAAAUUGCAAGAAUCAUUCCACUCUUCAAGAAGGGAGAGAGACAGAAGAAAGGAAAUUAUAAACUAGUUCAUCUGAUGUCCGUAGUAGGGAAGAUGUUGGAGUUGAUUGUUAAGGCUGUGGUUUCAAAUUCUUCAAAUUCUUUGAAGAAAUAACAAGCAGUAUAGACAAAGGGGAAUUGGUUGAUCUUGUGCACUCGGAUUUUCAGAAGGCCUUUGAUAAGGUGUCACACAUGAGGCUGCAUAACAAGAUAUGAGCCCAUGGUAUUACAGGAAAGAUUCUAGCAUAGAUAAAGCAGUGAUUGAUUGGCGGGAGACAAAGAGUGGGAAUAAAGGGAAUCUUUUCUGGUUGAGUGCUGGUGACUAGUGGUGUUCUUUAGAGGUCUCUGUUGGGACCAAUUCUUUUUACAUAGAAACAUAGCAAACCUACAGCACAAUACAGGCCCAAAGUUGUGCUGAACAUGUCCUGACCUUAGAAAUUACUAGGGUUACCCAUAGCCCUCUAUUUUUCUAAACUCCAUGUCCCUAUCCAAAAGUCUGUUAAAAGACCCUAUUGUAUCCGCCUCCACCACUUUUCUGGCAGCCCAUUCCACGCACUCUGUGAGUAAAAUAACUUACCCCGGCACCUCCUCCGUAUCUACUACCAAGCACCUUAAACCUGUGUCCUCUUGUGGCAGCCAUUUCAGCCCUGGGAAAAAGCCUCUGACUAUCCACACAAUCAGUGCCUCUCAUCAUCUCUAUCAGGUCACCCCUCAUCCUCCGUCGCUUCAAGGAGAAAAGGCCAAGUUCAGUCAGCCUGUUUUCACAGGGCAUGCUUCCCAAUCCAGGCAACAUCUUUGUAAAUCUCCUCUGCACCCUUUUGUUAAAUGUCAGUGAUUUGGAUGAUAGAAUUGAUGGCUUUGUUGCAAAGUUUGCAGACAAUAUGGAGAUUGGUGGAAGGGCAAGUAGUUUUCAAGAAGUAGAGAGGCUACAGAAGGACUUACAGAUCAGGAGAAUGGGAAAAGAAGAGGCAGAUGGAAUAUUGCCGGGAAGUGUAAGGCCAUGCGCUGGUGGAAGAGAUAAAGUGUUAACUAUUUUCUAAAUGGAGAGAAAAUACGGAAAUCUGAGGCACAAAGGGAUUUGGGAGUCCUUGUGCCGGAUUUCCCAAAGGUUGAGUCGGUGGUGAGGAAGGCAAAUUCGAUGUUAACAUUCAUUUAAAGGGGACUAGAAUAUAAAAGCAAGGAAGUAAUGUUGAGACUUUAUAAAGCACUGGUGACACCUCACAUGGAGUAUUUGAGCAGUUUUGGACACCUUAUCCCAGAAAGGACAUGCUAAAAUGGAGAGAUUUCAAAGGAUGUUCACAAAAAUGAUUCUAAGAUUGAAUGGCUUGUCAUGUGAAGAGCUUUUGAUGGCUCUGGGCCUGUAUUUACUGGAAUUAAGAAGAAUGAGUGCUGACCUAAUUGAAACCUAUCGAAUGGUGAAAGGCCUUGUUAGAGUGAAUGUGGAGAAGAUGUUUCCUAUGAUGGGAGAGUCUAAGACCAGAGGACACAUCCUCAGAAUAGAAGGAUGUCCUUUUAGAAAAGCAAUAAGAAAUAAUUUCUUUAGCCGAAGACUGGUGAAUCUGUGGAAUUCUUUGCCACAGGCAGCUGUGGAGGCCAAGUUUUUAUGUACAUCUAAGGCAAAUAGAUUCUUGAACGGUUGGGGCAUGAAGGGAUAUGGGAGAAGGUAGCAGAUUGGAGCUGAGAGAAAAAUUGGACCAGCCAUGAUGAAAUGGCGGAGCAGAUUCAAUGGGCCAAAUGGCCUAAUUCUGCUCCUAUAUGUUAUGGUCUUAUAGUCUGAAUGACGUGGGAGCAUUGGAGGCUUAGCAGUUUAAAAGACUGAGAGGAGUCAAAGGAAAAUAAAUCACUCUUGUGGCUUAAAUUACUUCAAACAGUAUAGGAGAGGAAGAUAAAUAGGUUGAGCAAACCCUGAGACUGAUUCCAAAAUUAUUAGAGUUGAGGACAAGAUGUAGGGCUCAACUAGUGGUACCUUAGAGAAAGGGAAAAUAUAGUGAUGCACAGAAGCAGCUGAACUAAAUUACCUGAAAAUUAGAAACAAAAAUGUUCAUGAACCCAACACACUUGUUUGUAGUAGAGGGCAGAGGAGAUGAUUUAAGGAGAUUGUACUCUAAGAAAAACACUGGUUGGAAACACCACAACAGCAAGACAUGUCACAGAUUAACUGCUGAACUUCCAGUUAAAGACCUUUUCAUUAAUCGGAGCUUGAUUGUGUGCUAAAACUUGUAGUGCUCUCAAUUUCUCCUCUCUGCUAGGAGAGGCUUGGGAUAUGGGUUAAUGGUUUCAAAUCCAGUAAAACUUAAAUAUGAGCCUGUCUCUUGCCAAAUUAAACUUAUCAUCUGUGUAGCCAUGCAUGGAGCUCAUUUGCCUCAGUUCAGUGAGAAAGAAUUCAGCAGUUUCAAGAGUUGAGUGCUGCAUUCCAGACAAGGACUUGGUGUAAUUUCACAGUGUUUAGGAGAGAAUAAGACUACAAACUGUAAUAAAAUCAGAAAGACUGGGGACACUCAGCAAGUCAAGGCAGUGUCUGUGGACAGAGAAACACACCUACCUUUCAGAUCAAUGACCCGCCAUCAGAACUCAGCAGAUCCUGUUUUGUCACAGAUUUCCAGCUUAUAUUUUGUCAAUUAAAAAUGCAGAUGCUGUACAUCUAAAGUUUAACAAAAACAAAAUGUGCUGGAAAUACUCUGGUGGUCAGACCACAUGUUGAAAAAGCACCCGGUUAACUUCAGAAGUUUGGAAGAAGGAUCUUUAACCUCAAACGUUAACUCUGUUUCACUUCUCAAAGAAGUGGCCUGUCCUCCCGAGUUUUUCUCACAUUUUCUGUUCCUAUUCUUUCCCCUUGCUGUCUUAACGCGGCGUUGUUUUUCUUUCGGGUGACCAAAAUUAUCAAGAAAUGUAAGAAUAGACUUGCUCCUAAGUGACUUCCAUACCUUAGUUACUUCAUGUAUUCUUUCAAAGUCUAUUUUCAACCUUGAUCUAGGAGUCAGCUGGUAGCUAGGAACUUGCACCCCAGUGUGUCAGUAGCGUUCGUCGUGGCGCUCUCAGUAGCACAUCCGGUAUUUUGGGGCAUAGCCUAUAGUUCUGUGCUGGGCAUUUAAUUACCGGCUAGCAAUCGUCAUAUAAAAUCAAAGUCGUUACGUUUUCUUAAAUUCAACCAGCCUGAAACUCACUGAAUUAGAUUUAAGAUCAAGUAAGCAUUACGAGCAAUAAACAAACUUAGAAACCCCCUUUAAUGUUAAAGGAGCAACACACCUGUGACAUGGAGUACUCUAGUGAAAGCUUGAAAUCUUCUUGAAUACUUACAUGUUGUCUGGAGUUCAUUUUCAGUUAGUAGUUUACUGCCUCAAUUAUAUGAAACGUCUUCUUGUUAUAUACUGUGAUUUUAGUAGACUAGCUUUGCACUGUCUUAUAAUGUGGAUAUGAAAUAGAAUUCCAACAGCAUGGAAUUAGUAGCUGUUAUUGAGAUACAACGCUGUGCGUCAUAACAGGAAAUUGUAACGCACGUCAAUGUAAUCUAACGAUUAGACUGAUCUCUCAGAAUGUAGACAAAUUUGUUAGCGGUUCCUAUACUUCCAGUGAAUAAUAUUGAGUUCUGUAUACCGCUAUCGUGGUCAGUAUUAAAACAUAACUAGGCAGACAGCUUCGAUUUCACCGAUGAUUAGAUUUUUUUUUUGGCUUGCAAAAUACGAAGAUGGGCGACACACUUACCCUAAUAUCAGCGGAUGGAAUAGUAAGCAGAUGAUAUUUCCUCAAAUGUUCUUAAUAAUUAAAAUCUGGAUUGUCCAAAUACGCUCAACAAUAUAGACAAUACUGUUUCUAAUUGCAGGCGGUCCCAGUGCUGUCAAUGUUUUAUCGGAUACAUUAAGGUACGCGUUGAUGUGGUGACACAAGAUGCAAUUAUUCCAGCGACCAUAAUAUUUUUAACUAAAACCAGCACGUUGACUUCCAAGAAUACAUGGUUGAAAAAGUUAGACAUUACACUCUCCGUGAUAUAAAUGUUCCUUGCCCUCUUCUCAGAGUUUCAAAAUUGUAAUUUCUGAUAUCUGGAUUUUCUUGUAAAAUCGUGGUGUCCAUUUUAGCGACUGUUCUGCACGUCAUUAUUGUUUAAGUUCUUUGUGAAACAGCAAAUCUGUUAAUUUAUUUCAUCCUUCCUAGAAAAUCCAACUAUUUAAAGCACGGCUUGCCUUUGCUUCGUUUUCUCGCGCUCGAUAAUUUCAGUGUUUGUGUAGUAAGAGAUAUAACAAAAGAACCAGUACUUAAAGGCAUGGCACAGUCCGUUUAAAGAUGCGAAGUUUCCGUCACGAAAUUGCUAAUUAGUUCCCACAAUAGGUGCACGAACUGUUCUUCAUAUUAACGUCAAUCCCUCACUAUCGUUAUUUUGGAUCGAAUCAUUUCACUUUCAACACAAUCAGAAAUGCUAUAUUCACCGACAUAGAAAUUGACUAGUAUCUCAGGUGACAUUAGAAUCAUUUGGAGAGGAUGCUGGGUAAUUGUCAUUGUUGUAUCAUUUUCUUCCAUUUAAUUCACUUUUUCUCCAGUGAUUAAGCCUGUCCUUUCCACUCACAUUUCAUUAUAUAGAACUUACAUAACAACCCUGCUUCAAAUUUAUUGUCACGUCCAUUUGAAAACGCAUUUUUGUCUGUAGCAAUGUAUGUAUGUUCCAUUCAAAACAUCGUAUGAAAUUAGAAUUUUGUAAGUAUCUGAUCUUGUUCUCUCAAUAGUUCGUUCAUCAGGUAACACUUGAAUCGAGCCCAAAAUCCAUUGUCUAUGAAGGUCCGCUUUAAAACUAUUUUCCUCAUUUCUCCCCCCAGCAACAAUUUACUUAUGGUUACAGUUUAGCCGUUUCAUUUAUAUUGUCAGUCAAAAUGCUACCACUUUUAUUUUUCACUCGCGUUUCUCCCGUUUUCUUCGCGAUUGAAAAUUUAUAACAUUUUAAUAGGACUGCUACAUCUUUUACCUUUUCAACUGUCACGAAUUUAAAUAAUCUCCCAUCCCUGGAUGUAUUCUUACAAUUUUUCUUCCAAGAAGUGUAACUAGUGAAAGAUGUGACAGGUUCGCGCCUACCCGGAUUCCCCCAGACAGAUUCUUGACACUUGGAUGAAGCAAGAACUGUAAGGUUUGGCGACCUAGGGCGCCCCCUUCUGGUCAGUUCUAUUUUCUGUUUACGACCUUGUACAAAUCCAAGUAAAACCAAUAAUGCCGCGAUUUAGUAGUUGAUAAGAAAAAACUUCUCAAAUAGCAUUAGAAAAAGGAACCCCCGUGAUGCUAUUUUAAUAUUGCUGAUAUAAAUGAAGUAAAGCAGACGUGCGUGAUUCCACAUUGAUUGUAAUAAAUGCGAAGUACAGCUAGCUGUUCGCACAACAACGAAUGUAUUAAAAAAGCCUCUUCAAAGUUUAAAUUAAAAAUUAUUCCUAUGUCGUCUGAAUUUGUUUUCCCUUAAUGUUAGAUAUCCUGGAUAUAUACCUAUUGUUAGAUAUUCCGACCUUCCUCUGGCGCACCUGCUCCGUGAUCAGGAUUCGCAAACAAAGUCUAAAAUUCUAGUCUAGAGGCACUAAAAGUACCUGACGAAAAGUCACGUAACUCCAGCGGAACGGUGGCGGGGCGUUGGUUUUCUGCAGACAAAGCAACCUGAACAAUAUUGGCGUGACACAUUUUGGAGCAGAGGAGGUGAUGUGUGACUCAUUCGUGCGUCGUGUCGGAUAAACGGGCGAUUCACACUUUUAAAGCUGCAAAUCAAACGUACUUCUGGAAUAAAAAGGUCACGCUGAAUGGAUUUUUUUUGUUCUUGAUUUAUAUUCCGAUGUCGUUUCCCUUGGAGUAUUAUAAGCGUCCUUCGUGCUGACAGAAACUUGUAUGUCUACAGAUGUAAUUUAGUUGUUGGGAGCCAAUUGGUUGAGGCUGCUACCUGGGCAUCUUCGUGACACGGUAAAGUCCUCCUCAUUGUUUACCUGAAAAUUAAAUUUUCUUAGCAAUCCCCUUGUGCGAGUUAUUUUGCUAAAAUCCGCUGCUAACUUCCCUGUGCAUCUCCAAAUGGACGGAUUAUAUUUUGGGAGGUUUGAAAUCCCAGUGGGUAAGUAUUAUAUGUCUUCAUUUGCAAAAGAAAACUUAAACUUGAAUGUGAAACGUUAUGUGUUCCACCGGUUUGUCCAAGUAUAUAAAUUGCGUGUUCAAUUAUCGUUGUGCCACAAAUUCGAUUGUUCGUUUGGACAGAUAGUUACGCUACUAAUUAUACAUAAUGCAUUUGUGUUUGAUUAAAAGUACCAUAGGUCAAACCAGUCUGUUCAGUGCAUGGUUACUAACCGAAAAUUCUUUCUGGCCAUAGUACUAAUUAUUUUUUGCAAUUCUUUUAAAUUAUUUUGGGCGAUAUUUUAGUCGCGUUAGAUCUCACUACGAUCUUUGCUGUUUGCAGUUGAGACUGCUUAAAUCAAACAUUUCUUUGCAUAAGUGGAUUUAAAAUGACAGUGGCCAUUAUUGUAUUGCUGAUUGACAAUGGUUGGUGGGUGACAUUGUCCUAUUGGAAGUCCUUCCUGAUCAAGUGCAUAAUGUAAGAUGUCUGGGGGCUAAGUAAAGACAGUAGAAAUUAUUUCAGUCAAUGCUUCCAAUGAAAUCUUUGACCAGAAUGCAAAAUAUUUCGACGCGUCGAGCCAUUAAAAUGUCUGUCCUAUAUCGAACUUCAUCCAUUUUAAGGAGUUUCUAGAAUUAUUAUUUGAUUGAUUGGGCAUAUCGCUUGCGAUUGCGUGAGUCAUGUCUGUACAGGCGCGAUUCAUUGCUUCUCCUACCUUCCGUGAGAGACUUUGGCGCCCUGAAUGCUAAUAAAGUGAAAUGUUUGAAAGCGCAGGGCGCGUUUCAAAGCCAUUCGCUCUGUCUCUCACACACGCGCAGACACUCGGCAGCUUCCGAAGAAAACAAACGAAACUUAAUUAUUUUCUUUACAGGAGCCUGUGACUUCGUGCCAUACAUUGAAGAGAAAGGAUUGUAAAAAAAAGGUGUCAGCCCCAUUUGACCAAAGACUUUGCAUCUGCCAGAACCGAUGGCUUCCUCUACUCCUUCAUCCUCCGGGGCUGGUCAGGAUCCCACCCCAACAAAUUUACGACCGGGAGACAGAAAUACAACCUACGAUACUUGGUGCGGAGUUGCUCAUGGCUGUACAAGAAAACUUGGUCUAAAGAUCUGCGGAUUUCUGCAAAGGACGAACAGCAUCGAGGAGAAAAGCAGGGCGGUAAGUUCACUGAAGGAUCGGCAGUCCUCCAAGAACCUGAACUCCAGUGAAAACGGCGAUAGGGGCUCGAUAUUCAGGCGCACGGAAACUGACUUCUCCAAUCUCUACGCCAGAGACUUGUUGCCAGCCAAAAAUGGGGAAGAGCAAACUACACAGUUCCUUCUGGAAGUGGUUGAUAUCCUUCUCAACUAUAUAAAGAAAACUUUCGAUAGGUCCACAAAAGUUCUGGACUUCCACCAUCCACACCAACUCUUGGAGGGGAUAGAAGGUUUUAACCUAGAGCUGUCGGACAACCCUGAAUCUCUUGAACAGAUACUGGUCGACUGCAGGGACACGCUUAAAUAUGGUGUCAGGACAGGACAUCCUCGGUUCUUCAACCAGCUUUCUUCUGGUCUUGAUAUUAUCGGCUUGGCCGGAGAAUGGCUUACAUCAACAGCUAAUACCAAUAUGUUCACAUAUGAAAUAGCACCAGUGUUUGUCCUCAUGGAACAAAUUACACUGAAGAAAAUGCGAGAGAUCAUUGGUUGGCCUAACGGGGAUGGUGAUGGCAUCUUUUCACCUGGAGGAGCUAUAUCAAACAUGUAUAGCAUAAUGGCUGCUCGAUAUAAGUAUUUCCCAGAUGUUAAAGCCAAAGGGAUGACUGCAGUUCCUAAAUUGAUUCUAUUCACAUCAGAAAAUAGUCAUUACUCAAUAAAGAAAGCAGGGUCUGCACUUGGAUUUGGAACAGACAAUGUGAUUUUGUUGAAAUGUGAUGAGAGGGGGAAAGUUAUGCCAUCUGAUCUGGAAGCAAAAAUUAUUGAAGCUAGACAAAAGGGAUAUUUUCCAAUUUAUGUCAAUGCAACUGCAGGAAAUACAGUCUAUGGUGCAUUUGAUCCCAUCGAAGAAAUUGCAGAUAUAUGUGCCAAAUAUAAUCUUUGGCUCCAUGUUGAUGCUGCAUGGGGAGGUGGACUUCUGAUGUCCAGAAAGCACCGCCAUAAACUGAAUGGGAUUGAAAGGGCCAAUUCAGUUACUUGGAAUCCCCACAAGAUGAUGGGAGUUUUGUUGCAGUGCUCUGCCAUCCUUGUUCGAGAAAAGUUGGCCUCUGGAAGGCUGUGUACAAUAACAGACAAGGGAGAAGUAAGGAUGAACAAAUAAAAUGGAGGGUAUCCUCCAAGGCUGCAAUCAGAUGUGUGCAGGGUAUUUAUUCCAGCAAGACAAACAGUACGAUGUAUCCUAUGACACGGGAGAUAAAGCAAUACAAUGUGGUCGUCAUGUGGACAUUUUCAAAUUUUGG